AUGGCAGAUUCCGCAAUUAUUACUUCACUCUGCUGGGUGUCAAGAGGCUAUGCUAAGGCAGUCAUAGAUGAAUAUGAGCCAUCAAGCAAGGAGCAAUAAGUAUUUAAAGAAAUCAACAAGCAAUUGUAAUUAUUUAUCUAAAAUUCUAACUAUUAAUGCAGAGGGAAGGGAAAAGACUAUAAGGACAUUACCAAUGAAAUCUAGGAGAAUAUGGAGAUGAUGGACUUAGAUAAGUAUGAUGAAGAAGAAAAUGUUCCAGUUUUUACCUCUGAGUUGAAAAUAUUAAAGGGAGAUCAAAAUAUGGAUAAUGAUGAUUAAGACGAUAUGGAGGAAGGCUCCUCUGAGUCAGUCAGUUCAUUUGGGGAUGACCAAGAAGGCGCGGGUGAGAAAAAGAACAAUAGGGAUAACUAUCCAGAAGUACUAGAAGAUUCUGAAGAGGAAAAAGAAGACUAUACUAUUAGAAAGUCAGAUGCUUUGAUCAUAGCUGCCACAGCUGAGAAUGAUCAUAGUAAUCUAGAGGUCUACGUUUACGAUCACAAGACUAGUGAUCUCUACGUGCAUCAUGAAAUCAUUCUUAGCUCUUACCCACUCUGUAUGGAAUGGCUAGGUCAAUUAGGUGGAUAAAAGACAAAUUUAGUAGUUGUUGGUACAUUCCUACCAGAGAUAGAAGUUUGGGACCUAAACAAAGAGGACUGUGAACCCUUAUUUACCUUAGGUGGCUUGCCAGAGGGUGCUGAAGGCAGCAAAAAGAAGAAGAAGAAGACUCUUGUCACUAAAUUCAAUAAGUAGGCCGAGUAGCAAUAGUAUAACUCUGAGUCUCACACAGAUGCAGUCAUGACCUUAUCCCUUAAUCCAUUUUAAUCUGAAUAUUUGGCCUCAGGAUCAGCAGACACUACUGUACGUAUUUGGGACUUAGAGGAAUAAGCAUGCAAAGCCACCUUUACUAAUCUACAUAAAAAUAAGGUCUAAGUUGUCAGAUGGAAUUCAUAGAAUGAAUCAUUGUUGCUUACUGGAGGCUAUGAUAGAGUGUUGAAUGUUGUGGAUGUUAGAUAACAGCCAGUUGGAGAAAAUGCUCUUAAAUUCAGAUUAAAGAAAGAAGUUAAAGACCUUGAGUCUGCCCAAUGGCAUCCAACAUACGAACAUAACUUUGUCAUCUCAACUGAAAGUGGUAUAGUGUAAGGUUAUGAUAUCAGGCAACCAAAGGAGUGUCUCUUUGAGUUCCAAGCUCAUGAAAAGACUUGCACUAAUGUUGCUUUGAGUGCCUUCAUUCCAAAUAUAAUGGCAACUUGCUCACUUGAUGAAUAUGUUAAACUCUGGGAUAUUACCAGUCAGCCUUAGCCAAAACUAGUAGGCUAUAGAAAGAUGGGAAUGGGCGAACUUUUCAGUUUGUCAUUCUACAAAGACAUUCCCUGGGUGCUUGCUGCAGGUGGAUCUAAAGGAGAGAUUGCAGUCUGGGACAUUGAAGAGAAUGAAUAAGUUAAAGAUCAUUUUACUCCAUCACUUAAGAAAGAUCUUUUGAAGGAAGUGGAAGUUGAUGAAGAAGAAGAUGAUAAUGACAUGGAAGAUGAUGAAGACAGUGAGGAGGAAAAGAAAUAGAAAGAGAAGAAGAUUAAAAAGAAAGAUGGUGAUAAAAAGAAAUCAAAGAAAGUCAAGACCGAUAGAAAGAAAUGA